AUGAAUCAAAUAUCAUUCGUUCUUCAAUCAAACAUGAAAGAGUCACUCAAAAUGAUUAAAUUAUUUAAAGAAGAAGGUAAAACAAUAACAGCAUGGGACGUACUACUAAAUCAAUUGUCUUCAUUAACCGUUAAGGGUGUUUGCUUUAAAUCUGAUUCUCCAGAUGUUUUCUCAACGUUUCAGGGUUAUAAAUACAACAUUCUUGAAAAGCCUGAUUACUCAAAAAUUGAGAUGUUUAUGGAUUUCAUUAAAGAAGCCAUUUGUGAUAAUAACGAUGAAGUGUAUAAAUACCUUCUCGGCUGGAUUGCAUCAAUGAUUCAACAUCCUGGAAUCAAGAAUGAAACAGCAAUUAUUUUGAAAGGACUUCAGGGAACGGGUAAAAACAGAUUUACAGAUAUUAUUUCUGAACUUCUCGCUGGUUAUUCAUGUAAAAACAUUACCGAAAUAGGUGAGCUAACGGGUAAUUUCAAUUCGGUUGUUGAAAAUAAAAUGUUUCUUGUACUUAAUGAACUCAAGAAUGUAGGUGAAGACAGACUCGCAAACUUCAACGCUUUGAAAUCAAUUAUUACGGAUAAUGAGAUUAGAAUUAAUGAAAAGAAUCAACCCAGAAGAACUGCUCAGAAUGUUGCAAACUUUGUUUUCGUAACUAACAACGUCUACCCUGUCAAAAUUGAAGUUGGAGACAGAAGAUACGUAGUUUUAAGGGUUAAUGGUAAAUUCAAGGGUCAAUUUGAUUACUUCAAGAAUUUAAUGGAUUCAUGCACUAAGGAAUUUUAUGAUAACCUUUUAACAUAUUUUAUGCAAUAUGACCUUUCAUCAUUUAAUGUACGAAUCAUACCGAUGACUGAAGCCAAACAAGAUUUAAUUGAAUUAUCAACAAAUCCUUUAGAUGAAUGGAUAAAUACACAUUAUGAUGAAUUAUGUGCAGGUAUGACGUGUAAAAAUGCUCUAUUUUGCAAACCAUCAGACAUGAAAGACAAGAAUUUCCAAAUGAGCAUUAAGGAUA